CGCAGGAGUGGGGGACACACAACCACACAAGUGUAUUUUGGUUGGUGUUGUUUUUCCAAUUAAUUAAUUCUAUUAACAAAAUUUCCCGUCGUCAAAAAAAAAAAAUGUAAAACAAAGUGAACCUUGUUCCAGUGCUAAAAUGCGGCAAACAAAUUGUUAACGAGUAAUAUUGGAAAAUGGAAAAAAUCGCCUGUAGAAACUGGAGAGUGCACCUUAUAUUAUUUCGAAAAUUCAAAGAUUGUAUUGCAAUUUUAGGUUUCUAAAUGCAACAUAAAUCUUUGUAUAGUAUCAUUGAUUGAUAAGGGAAAUGCAAAUAACAUUAAGGGAGAAGCCUGAAAGGAUAGGUUUGGGGCCCUCCAAUGGGAAAUUGCUUGAACUGCUGCAAGGCGCCAGAACAUUCGGCCCCAGAUUCUGCAGCUCAGAAUUGUAACAAAGAAGAAAUGCCGGAGGCCCGACUUUAUCCAGCUCCAAGCCAUGCUCCUGCAUCCUCAGCGCCACUUGAAACACUUUUGAGUAACGGAAACCAUCUUGGUACACCACCCACAGAGGGCGUCCCUGCUACUACCAUCAGUCGCUUCUAUCCACCAAGCAGAAGAACCACCACAAGAUCGGCACCUGCCAUGGGUUCAGGUGACAGUAAACCUUCUGAUUUAAAGCUUAACAUUCUCUUUGAUCACUACAAAGACGAAAACGACGAGUGCAUCUUGGCAGAAGGUAUAGAUCAGUUUUGUAAGGACCUGAACAUCCCUCCAGACGACUUCAAAAUCCUGAUACUCGCUUGGAAAUUAAACGCCGCCCAAAUGUGCAGAUUCACCCGAUCGGAAUUCGUAAACGGACUGAAGUCUAUUAAAUGCGACUCCGUUAAAGCCAUACAAAAUAGACUGCCGGAAUUAGUGCAAGAACUAGAACAAAAUGACGAAUUAUAUAAGGACUUAUAUAGGUUUGCGUUUAAAUUCGGCCUCGACGUACAAUCGGGUCAGAGAAUAUUGCCUACUAGCAUGGCGACGAUUUUAUGGAAACUUGUGUUCACUGUCAGGGAACCUCCCAUACUGAAAAGAUGGCUGAAUUUUCUAGAAACUCACCCCAUGAUUAGGGGUGUACCCAAAGACACUUGGAAUAUGUUUUUGAAUUUUGCAGAUCACGUCGGCAAUGACCUGAGUUGCUACGAUGACAAUGAGGCUUGGCCGAGUUUGUUUGACGAUUUUGUAGAAUACGAAAACGACCAAGCCAAUCAGAAUAUAUCGAAGGACAAAGAAUUGGAAUGUGAUGAUUUUUAUAUUAAUUGAUUGAGUUUUGUGUUCUUCCGGAGGUGAAUCAAAUUUUGAGAUUAUUACAAGACGUGGUUCAUGAUGAACUUAUUAUUUAUGUGAUUGUGAUAUAUUUUUGGCUUUUCCCUCCUUUUCGAAUUGGUGUCGAGUGCUAUUUUGCCUAAAAUAAAAGUAUUGUAAAAAAAUCGUGAUUUAACCUUUGGGUGUUUUGAAAGUCUGGUGGUUGUACAAAAAUAUAUAUUAAAUGUACGCUUAUUGACGAUGGAUAUUUAUAUGAUUUCUCUUAUAAAUAUUCAUUGCUAAGCCAUAACGACUAUUAUACUUAUUAUAACGAAAAAAAAAGGGUUUAUCAAAAAGUUGUCCUAAUAUGUUUGUCCAAAAAGAAAAAUUGUCUAUUGUAUAUUGUUCCGAAUGUAUCCAUGCAUUUAGUAUUACAUAAGAAACUCAAUCAAUAGAGCUCUUUUUCUAUAAAGCUGAUUUCUAUUUUGGUUAUCAAUUCAUCAGUGGAGUUUGAUAGUUUUUGUCCAUAUUAUUCCCAUUAUAGAUUUCUGCAAACAACUUUUGUUAUGAUAAUUUUUCAAAUUUGAUCAAUAGAAACAGUUUAUUAUUAAUAAUAGUACAAUUGAGUUUCUGCUGUAUUCAAAAAUGAAUCAAAAGUGGUUAGUGCAAUGAUCAUGAACAUCACUAAACACUGCUCAAAAUAUACUGUUAACGCUAACCAUAUAUUUUUUUUUAAUCAAAACACUUACUUUAUGUGUGUAUUAUUAAGAUUUUGGCAAAUGAAGAAGCAAUUUUAUAAUUUCAAUUCGCUAGCGGCAAUUUUAGUUAGUAAAUUAUUGUUUUAUAAUUUUUACGCUGUCUCUGUAACGUGUAACGCGUUUCAGGGCUUUUUGAAUAUAAUUUUUAGGGAAUUUUUGUUAGUUUUGGGAUUGUAGAAAGGUGGACUAAGUUUCUACAAGUCAAAAAUUAUUUGCGUUAAAGGCGAAAAGUGAUACAAUGAAACGUGCAAGUAAUUUCCUCUUCUGUUUGUUUUUGUUUGACUUAAAUUACUAAUUUGUGCUUACGGAAUCGUGUAUUUUUACAAUUAGCAAACUUUGUUUGAGACAAAAUUAUUUUUUUAACAAACCUUGUAGUAUGUACUUAAUUUUUAAUGUUGAAUGAAAUACAUGGUUCAUUUGGCACAAAAAAAAAAUUGAUUCGCAGUGUUAAAUGACUGUGAAUUGUUGGUUUUAACAAUUUAGAAGCAUUUCGGUUAUGCCUAGCUCCUUCUUUUGUGUGAUAUAUAAUUAUAUAUUAUUUAUAUUUUAAUAAAUGAU